AUGGCGCCCAAAAAUAUGUCCAAGAAUCAGAUGCGGCGGCUGAAGAAGAAGGAGCAGAAAAAGGCGCAGACCAGUGAGACUUCCGAAUCAGAGAAGCAGCCAGAGGAGGUACCAGAGCCAGUGCCUGCAGCAGCUCCUGCAACUACGACUGCCCAAGAAGAAGAAGACGAUCUACUCCAGCCCGAUGUUUCGAUACUCAAUAUCAGCGAAGAUGACCCGAACUUUGAGAUGUUCAAGGGGAUUAUGGAGAAGUUUCGCGCGAACACAGAGGAUGGCGAGGCUGCGAAGCCAGCAGAUGCAGACAAGGGCGAGGUGUUCUACGAUGGCGACGAUGAAAUUCCAGAUGAAGACGAGGAAGCGGAUAAGGAGAUGAAGCUGUCGAAGAAGAAGAGGAAGGAGAGAGAUAAGCUGUCGGUUGCUGAAUUAAAGGCGCUCGUGCAGAAGCCAGAGCUGGUAGAAUGGACCGAUACGUCUGCAUCCGAUCCUCGAUUACUCGUUCAGAUCAAAUCUUGCCGAAAUAUCGUUCCAGUACCAACACAUUGGUCACUGAAGCGCGAAUAUCUUUCCUCAAAACGAGGUGUCGAGAAGCCUCCUUUCGCAUUGCCUAAAUUCAUCCAGGAUACCGGAAUUGCCGAGAUGCGCGAUGCCGUAUUGGAGAAACAGAAUGAAGCGAGUCUGAAGCAGAAGCAAAGGGAAAGAGUUCAGCCAAAGAUGGGAAAGUUGGAUAUCGAUUAUCAAAAGCUGUAUGAAGCCUUCUUUCGGUUCCAAACGAAGCCGGAACUAACUCGCUACGGGGAGGUUUACUACGAAGGCAAGGAGUAUGAGACCAAUCUGAGGCAUUUACGUCCUGGCGAGCUGAGCGAAGAGUUGAAGGAGGCCUUAAACAUUCCCCCGGGAGCUCCCCCACCUUGGCUAAUCAAUCAACAAAGAUUCGGCCCCCCGCCUUCGUAUCCUUCUCUCAAGAUCCCGGGUCUCAAUGCGCCACCUCCACCGGGCGGUGCUUGGGGUUUCCAUCCUGGUGGAUAUGGCAAGCCUCCCGUUGACGAGUUCAAUCGGCCUCUUUACGGAGGAGACAUCUUUGGUGUCUUGCAACCUCAGGUCAACAAUCAAGCCGGAGAGCCUGUCGAGAGAACGCUUUGGGGAGAAUUGCAAGCACCUGAAGACGAGUCAGAAGACGAAGAGAGUGAAGACGAAGACGAAGAGGAUGAAGAGGACAUUGGUGCUGGCCUGCAAACACCUAGCGGCCUUGAGACUCCUGGUGGACUAGAGUCUGCAGUACCAUCUGAGUAUCCCGGCGAUGUUAACGUCACUGGAGACUUCGACGUCAGGAAAUCGAAACGAGGCACCGAUACAGAAGAGUCUUCUGCACCCCGAUCAGCCUACCAAGUCAUUCCAGAACGACAAAUCCGUGCCGAGGGGUUCUUUGGCGGCGAGCGUGCUUACGAUGUUAGAGGUGCUCAGGCACACUUACCAGUGCUGGGCCAAGACGACGAUAGUAGGAAGCGAAAGAAGCCGGGAGAUGUUGACGUGUCUCUUGAUCCAGAUUCCCUGCAGUCGGAGGAUGGUAUCAGUAAGGAGGAGGUCAAGCGGAGAUUCGAGGCACAGAAGAAGGAGGAGAAAGGGGCGUGGGACUUCGGCGAGGAUCUGAGUGAUAUGAUUGCAACGGAGAGUCGGAAGAGGCUGAAGCGGGACGAUGAGAAGAGAGGUGAUAAGCGUGAGAAGAGGCAGUACAAGUUCUAG